GCGAUGCUGGACCUCUGGCCUCUCGUGUUUGGGCACUGCUGGCUCUCCUGUCUUCUCUUGUGUCAGGCAGAGAUCCAGAGGUCUUGCUCUCAGCACAGCAUACACAGAGGAGCAGAGGGCUGCCAGCUGCUGUGCUCCUGCAGUAUGUACCCUCCUGUCCCUCCUCCACCUCCUCCUCUUCCUCCUCCACCGCGAGCACUGACCGCUGCGGCUCCGGAGGCUUCUGCUCCUCUGCCGAGGCCCUGGUGGACGGAGAUCAUCGUGCUUGGGAUGAUAGGAAGUGCUUUGGCUGUCUUUCUUCUGCUAACAGUCAUUAUCUGCUACAAGGCCAUAAGGAGGAAACCGAAGAAGAUGGAGAAGAAUGGUACAAAUUGUGGAGAAGAUGCCAUGAGGUCUUUUAAAAAGACCAACACUGCUGCGGUGGGCACAAGGAGCGUGUGAAACCCAAAGGAAAUAUUUCCAGCUAAUCAUGAAGUCAAUGAGGUCGGAAUAAUGCAAAGCGAUCCAGAGCCCCUCCGGAUGCAAUUAGAAGGGACAGGGCUGCUGUGUUGAUCUGCAUCAGUGACAUUUGCAUGCUAGUUCGGUAAAAUCACACAAACCCAGCUAAUGACAGAUGUCUGACAAAUAGAUUUCAUAUAGUCGUUCAUUCAACACAUGUCAUGUAUUUUUAAACACAUUUUACACAAUGAUUUAUGCAACUUGGACUGGGAAUUUCUGAAAUGUAUUUUCUGAAA